AGACGUUCGAGACUGAGGAGUCUCCAUCUGAACUCGGAAUCGAUGCAAAUGGAAGUCAUCGAUUCAGAAGGAUACAAGAGCUACCACGCUGCCAAUCUCCAUUUCCAAGCUUUUUAGACCGUAAAGGACCGAAGGAUGGAGAUUUUCUCUCUCGCGCUCCAGGGGAAGAAGAUCUACCCGAGAACUAAGGCAGGCUAAGCCUGCUAGGAAGCCCGGCUGAUACUCACUAUUCUGAGCCGGCCCUUCAGCCCAGUGGAUGCUCCCAGUCGCCUGCACCUAUAGGUAAAGGCUGUCAUAAAAUAUCGCCAGAAGGUGGUAAAACUUCCGGGUGAGUACAUGCUCUAUUAGUAUGGGGUUCGUCCAGGGAUCUCCUAAUGAUAUCUGGACCCUUGCAUGACCAAACAGGCUACGGAAGAGCCAAAUGAAAAGCUGCAGAGCGCCCACCCACGCGAGGUUCACUAUGCCGCUGUCAGUGGCUCUCGUCUUUCUAGAAACGAUCUAUUCACCUGUAGUAAGUUGUAUCUGAUAGUAGCCAUGUCUGCUGAGACACCCUUCCAAGCAGAGGGAUGGGUUGAGUAUACCCUCGGGGUCGUCAUCCUGCUGCUCCGAAUCUAUGCUAGAUGGAAAACUGUAGGCUUCAAGAACAGCUGGAAGGGAGACGACAUAUUUUCUCUGAUUGCGCUUGUUCUUUGGACUAUGGACAUCACCGUCGUCACAAUAGUUGGCAGAUAUGACACAAACAUAGGUGUCACUAAAGAACAAGCGGCGGCAAUGAGUCCAGAGGAAAUAAGCAGGCGAGAGUUUGGCUCCAAGUGGUUGUUCACCGGCUGGAACACUUAUGUCUCUCUCAUAUGGGCUCUGAAGGGUUGUAUGCUGUGUUUCUUCAACCGCGUCACCCUUGGUCUCAGCCAGCAGAAGAUCGUGAAAUGGGCAGGCAUUGGUUGCGUCACAACCUACCUCAUCAUGUUCAUAAUCAUAUACACUCAGUGCCUGCCGGUAACCGAUAAUUGGAGAGUAUCUCCUAUUCCAGGAUAUAAUUGUUCCGUCAAGACCGCGAAUUAUAUAGCUGUCGCAGUCCUGAAUAUCACCACGGAUAUGGUGAUUGUGGCCAUCCCAAUUCCACUUCUUUUUGCUGUGAAGUUAACGAUAAUGCGAAAGCUUGCGAUUGGAGCUCUGUUAUGCUCGGGUGUGUUCGUUAUGGUGGCAACUCUUCUGAGAUGCGUGCUUUCGCUCCAAAAUGUCGAAGCCAUCAACACGUGUACUAUCUGGGCAAUCCGCGAAACCUUCGUCGCGAUCAUCGCCGUAAACGCCGCGGCCAUCAAACCGCUCUUCUCCAGCAAGCGAUGGAUAAAAUCGACCUCGAAGGACGGAACCGGCAGCAAUACACCUGGGUACAAGGGGAGCAACACCUACGCGCUCUCUGGAAAGAGCAAGACGUCGAACAUCAGAAGCGCUCUACCAUUUCAUACCACUAAAGUGGGUACUCAAAUACUCAGCUCGAGUGAGGAGGACAUCGUGAGCGGCAAGACGACAUAUAGUCAAACAUCGGGGACCUCAAGCAUCAACAUGGACGACGGCCGCGGGCGGCGCGAAAGCGAAGGCGGCAUCGUAGUCACGACGACAUACCAGGUCAAGGAAGACGGGAAGGAUUUGGAGUCACAAGAGUCGAAAGGAAAGUGGUGACGGCGCAACUGUAUUAUGCAACUUUCUUUAAGACGAUGUAGGUUCGUGUGGCUUCACUGGAUGUCGUCAUCGCCUAGGCUGCAGCAACUCUUGUCAGAGGCUUUUCUUUUAUAACAAUACAACUUACAUUUAUCUCGAGAACUUGCUCCUACC